AUCAGCCUUCAGUUCCCAAACAAACUUCACCAACUCACACUCCGAGCCGCAACUUUUCCUCCUCCAGCUCUUUCUCCGUUGAAAACCCCCUGUCUCCAGCCAGAUCCGCAGGGAAAACAGCAGAAAUGUCCCCUCCGUCAGCACGGCUGCAAACCAAACCCGUGAUAACGUGUCUGAAGACGUUUCUCAUUUCGUACAGUUUGAUUUUCUGGUUCACAGGGGUGAUCCUGUUGGCUGUGGGAGUCUGGGGAAAGGUUAAUUUGGAGUUCGACCUCCUUGUGAAAUCAGAACAUGGCACCAAUGCUCCAUAUGUCCUCAUCGGGACCGGAGCUGUCAUCAUCAUCUUCGGGCUGUUCGGCUGCUUCGCGACCUGCCGUGGAAGUCCAUGGAUGCUGAAACUGUAUGCCAUGUUCCUGGUGCUUGUGUUCUUAGCUGAACUAGUGGCAGGUAUAUCUGGAUUUAUUUUCAGACAUGAGAUAAAAGCAGUGCUUCAGGGGGCCUACCAAACUGCUGAAAAGAGUUACAAUGGUAAAGAUGAUGAAGAUCUGGACCGGAUCCAAAGAACGCUGCAAUGUUGUGGAGAGAAGAACUACACAAGCUGGGCCAAAACAAAGUACUUUGAAAACGAGGGCAUCCCCAAAAGCUGCUGUAACGUGACUGCUGGUGUAAACUGCACUUCUGCAGAACUCAAGGAUCUCAAAACGGCUGCAUCUGUGGUUUAUCAACAGGGCUGUUUCUCUCUGAUGACCACAACGAUGGAGGCCAAUCUUGGAAUUAUUGCUGGAAUUUCUUUUGGAAUUGCGUUCUUCCAGGUCAUCGGGAUAUUCUUGGCCUGCUGCCUGUCUCGCUAUAUCACCAACAACCAAUAUGAAAUGGUGUAGUGAUUCUCCACCACAGGGUAUCAUCUGAAGAUCACAGAGGGCUGAACCUGACACAAAGGGAAACCAUUUAGUUUCAGUGUUGUUGUUGUUGUCUUUUGUGUGUGCGCCUUAGCUAAACAUUUCAUUUUAGAGAAUUUCUGACUGCUUUUUAAAGAGUAUUUCUUCUUGGUAAAUACAUUGAAGGGAAUUGACCCAUUCUGAAGGGAUAAAGUCAUUUUGCUUUUUGUUUUUUCUGGAGAGUAAAUGAAACCACGAUUAGAUACACCGAAGUUUGUAGUAAGUGCAUAAGCUUUAGCCAAUGUUAAACACUCAGUCAUGCAGUAAACAUCACCACUGUAUGCCUAGAUUUUUGUUUAAGGUGGUUUAACACAUGCCAAAAGUUUGAAUCUGCGCCCUGAAUGUUUGUUUUCUUGCGUCACGCCACCUUAAAGUUCAAAACUUGCCAAAUAGUUUUUCAGAGUGACUUGCUGAUAAUUUUAUCCACUCGAAUUGUUACAUAUCAUCAAUUGUUUGUAUCAUCACCGGUUCAUUCUCAAGAGCUAGUUUUAAUACAUCACGUCCAUUUCUGCUUCUGUGAAAAUGAUUUCUGUGCGGUGUUUAUUAAUGUAGCAGUGAUAGUGUUAAUUAUAAGGCUUUGGAUGUGCUCAACAGAACAUCGGUAGUGUGUCUUUAUCUGUGAAAUGUGAAUUGAGUUGUUGCCCAGGCUGAUCAGGUUACAAUAUUUAACAUGUACAUACAAAGCUAUCGACAUUAUACAUGCCGAGGUUGGAAAGUAUUUAAAGACAUCCUUGCAUUUGUGAGGAAAAUCAGGCGAUUUGUGUGUAAUCCAGAUUACGUUUGCGACUAUUACUCUUUUACUGUCACUCCAGCAUAUUCAUGCUCAUUCAUUUUUAUUGUGAGACCCUUUGUCAGCAUAUAGAUUUACUGUUUGGGCAUGUACAUGCUUAUAUUUUUGUGAAGACAGCAUUGUCAGCAUCCUGUUCUUUGUUUGUGUGCAACUGUAAUAUGCAUAGGAAUAAUAAACUGUUUUAUAUGAGCAUAUGA